CGAGAGGGGGAAAGGGGGGAGAGUGAGCCCACCUCCCACCCGAGGGGGCUGUCGGCGUGACAAAGCUGCGGCGGCUCGGGGCGGGCGGCUGGAUGGAGCGGAGCGGGACCCGCGGCGCGGAGCUCGGCGAUGCCCGCGCGGGGGAGGAGGCGGCUGCUGGCGCCGGGCACGGCGGGCUCGCCCCUCUGAGGCGGUAGCCGCUGCGGCCGAGCGAGGGGACGGGACGGGACGGGGCGCCGGGCCGGCUCCUGCCUCGCCUCGCCGCCCUCCUGCCUCCCUCAUCCCGCGGGGGAUGCGCCCCGCUGCGCCGCUGCGGGAUCGCCAGCCGGGGCCGCCCGACGAGUGACCGCGGCCGCGAAGGAGUUUCCCCCCCGUCCCGGGAGCCGCCGCUCGGCACCGAGCCCCAGCCCCGCGGAGCCGACCCUGCCCGCCCAGCGCUCCCGCCGCAGCAGCCGCCGUCGUUCCAAGGGAGGAGGCACUACCCUGGCCGAAGGCACGGCUUUCUCUCCAUGCUUCUCUAGAGGUGCUCAGAUGGGAUUAAAGUCCACAUGGAGAUAUGGAAAUGGACCAAGAAUUUACUCUAAAAAGAUGGUCAGCUGGGAUUCAGGUUGCCUUAUCUGCCUGGUGGUGGUCACCAUGGUUGGACUUUGCCUGGCUCGACCUUCAUUUAAUUUAGUUGUUGAAGACACCACGGUGGAACCCGAAGAGCCGCCAACCAAAUACCAAAUCUCUCAGCCAGAUGUUUACUCAGCACUUCCAGGAGAACCGCUUGAGUUGCGCUGUCAAUUGAGAGACGCCGUCAUGAUCAGUUGGACUAAGGAUGGGGUCCCUUUGGGGCCCGACAAUAGGACAGUGAUUAUUGGGGAGUACUUACAAAUUAAGGAUGCUACAGCCAGAGAUUCGGGCCUCUAUGCUUGCACUGCUGUUAGGACCCUAGACAGUGAUACUCUGUACUUCAUUGUAAAUGUUACAGAUGCUCUUUCCUCUGGGGAUGAUGAAGACGACAAUGAUGGGUCCGAGGACUUUGUGAAUGACAGCAACCAGAUGAGGGCACCUUACUGGACACAUACAGACAAAAUGGAGAAGAGGCUACACGCUGUGCCAGCAGCCAACACCGUCAAGUUUCGUUGUCCAGCGAUGGGAAACCCAACACCGACCAUGCGGUGGCUGAAAAACGGGAAAGAGUUUAAGCAAGAGCAUCGUAUUGGCGGGUAUAAGGUCCGUAACCAGCACUGGAGUCUCAUCAUGGAGAGCGUGGUCCCGUCAGACAAAGGGAACUACACGUGCAUCGUGGAAAACCAGUACGGCUCCAUCAACCACACGUACCACCUCGACGUGGUGGAGCGUUCCCCUCACCGGCCCAUCCUCCAGGCCGGGCUCCCAGCAAACGCCUCCGCCGUCGUCGGAGGGGACGUGGAGUUUGUCUGCAAAGUCUACAGUGAUGCUCAACCCCACAUUCAGUGGAUAAAACAUGUGGAGAGGAACGGCAGUAAAUACGGGCCUGAUGGACUGCCCUACCUUCAGGUUUUAAAGGCUGCCGGUGUUAACACCACGGACAAAGAGAUUGAGGUUCUCUAUAUACGGAAUGUAACUUUUGAGGAUGCUGGGGAGUAUACAUGCUUGGCGGGUAAUUCUAUUGGGAUAUCCUUUCACACUGCAUGGUUGACAGUUCUGCCAGCUCCUGAGAAGGAAAAGGAAUACCCAACGUCUCCAGACUACCUGGAAAUAGCAAUUUACUGCAUAGGGGUCUUCUUAAUUGCCUGCAUGGUGCUGACAGUCGUCGUGUGCCGCAUGAGGAACACCACCAAGAAGCCGGAUUUCAGCAGCCAGCCCGCUGUCCACAAGCUGACCAAGCGAAUCCCUCUGCGCAGACAGGUAACAGUGUCGGCGGACUCGAGCUCCUCCAUGAAUUCCAACACGCCCCUGGUGAGGAUCACCACCCGCCUCUCCUCCACUGCUGAUGCCCCCAUGCUGGCAGGAGUCUCGGAAUACGAGUUGCCAGAAGAUCCAAAGUGGGAGUUUCCAAGAGAUAAGCUGACACUGGGCAAGCCCCUGGGAGAGGGCUGCUUCGGGCAGGUCGUCAUGGCCGAAGCGGUGGGGAUUGACAAAGACAGGCCUAAAGAAGCGGUGACCGUGGCAGUGAAGAUGUUGAAAGAUGAUGCCACAGAAAAAGAUCUGUCUGACCUGGUGUCAGAGAUGGAGAUGAUGAAGAUGAUUGGGAAGCAUAAAAAUAUCAUCAAUCUCCUUGGAGCCUGUACCCAGGAUGGCCCGUUGUACGUGAUAGUGGAAUAUGCUUCCAAAGGGAACCUGCGGGAGUACCUGCGAGCUCGCCGCCCCCCGGGCAUGGAGUACUCCUUCGACAUCAACAGGGUGCCAGAGGAGCAGAUGACAUUCAAGGACCUUGUGUCCUGCACGUACCAGCUGGCAAGAGGCAUGGAGUACCUGGCUUCACAAAAAUGUAUCCAUCGAGACUUGGCUGCAAGAAAUGUUUUGGUAACUGAAAACAAUGUCAUGAAAAUAGCAGACUUUGGUUUAGCCAGAGACAUCAACAAUAUAGAUUAUUAUAAAAAGACUACUAAUGGACGGCUUCCAGUAAAGUGGAUGGCUCCAGAAGCUCUGUUUGACAGAGUUUACACACAUCAAAGUGAUGUCUGGUCAUUUGGUGUGUUAAUGUGGGAGAUCUUCACGUUAGGAGGAUCACCCUACCCAGGAAUCCCAGUGGAGGAACUUUUUAAGCUGCUUAAAGAAGGGCACCGGAUGGAUAAACCUGCCAACUGCACCAAUGAACUCUAUAUGAUGAUGAGAGAUUGCUGGCAUGCUGUGCCUUCACAGAGACCGACUUUUAAACAGUUGGUAGAAGACUUGGAUCGGAUUCUCACCCUCACAACUAAUGAGGAGUAUCUGGACCUCAGUGGACCUCUGGAGCAGUAUUCACCCAGCUACCCCGACACGAGGAGCUCGUGUUCCUCGGGUGAUGACUCCGUGUUCUCUCCGGAUCCGAUGCCUUACGAACCUUGCCUUCCCAAGUACCAGCACAUGAACGGAAGCGUUAAAACAUGAAGAGGAGUCACGCAGAGGAACAAAGAAAUGAGAACGUCAAGCUACCUACCACGUACCACACCAAAGCUUUUCUCCAGGGUCUUAAACGUUUCUGCUUGUACAUAUGAAAUAUGGGGGGAAAAAAAAAAAAACCCUGACAAAACCCAGCUUGGAGGAAAGCAGUCAGAACCUGCGUAAAGAAUCUCAUCGUUUGCGACUUUUAAACAAAGAAUGUUUGUGGGCUGUGUCCAGAUACCCAUUCCCAUGGAUUUUCUGGCCUCCUGAAAAGCUGCAACAGACUUUUGUUUGUACAAUGGACCCAGUUGGACUUGAGGCAAACUCGGGGGGGGGUCUGCCUUUCUUGUUUAUUUUGUAAUAUUUGGAGAAAAUAUAUGUUGGCACACACUUACAGAGCACAAAAUGCAGUAUAUAGGUGCUGGAUGUAUGUAAAUAUAUUCAAAAUAUGUAUAAAUAUAUAUUAUAUAUAUUUACAGUGAAUUAUUUUUUGUAUUGAUUUAAAAAAUGGAUGUCCCAAUCCACCUAGCAAAUUAGUCUCUUUUUUUAACAGCUAUUUGCUAAAUGCUGUUCUUACACAGAAUUUCUUAAUUUUCACCAUCCAAGGGUGGAAAAUACUUUGCUUUCAGGGAAAAUGGUAUAUCAUUAAUUUAUUAACUAAUUGGUAAUGUACAAAACAGUUAAUCGUUUAUAGGGUUGUUGUGUUUUUGUAAUUUAAAUGGCAUUUCUAUGCAGGCAGCACAGAGAACUAGUAGAUAUAUUGCUCAGACUUUACUAGUUUUCAGAUCUUAAAAAGAAGAAAUAUUUACAGUAUAUAACUAAUUUUGGGGAAUUAAACUUUUGAUUUAUUUGUGUUUAAAUACUGCGGUGUCAGAUGAUUAUUCUUAUCAAAACCAAAUCCUUUAACAAGAAAGUCUUUUAUUCUCAAUACCUGUCACUUUAGCAAUUUAACUCUUUAGCAAGGUUUCCCAUGGCCAAAAAGCAGAGUCAUUCCACACCAAAAAAAAAAAAAAGAAAAUUUUAAAAAGGGUUCUUAAAGAAAGGAAAGACAUAAAGUUGUCUACAACCAUAGCAGAACAUGCUGCUCUAAAAGGGAUUGAGCCUCUACCCUGAGUUGCACAUGCAUCAAAUUAACUACAAUUCUCUUCCCUGAGUUGGGUAAUGGGUUCCAGAUCUUUUGACCUGGAUCUUUUGCCUUUUAGACUAUCCCUCUAUUGUAACUUAAGUUAAAAAGAGAGAGAAGUUGUUUAUAAUGACAAUUUGCCAUAGGAAUAUCAGCGUCUUUUUAAGGGAUUAAUUCAUGCUGACUCCAGUAUUUCCUUCUGUUCCAUUCCAUAACAGUAGGUAUAGCACUGGCCUCUGCUAAAAUAUCACUGUUGUUUGUAUCUUUUUACGGAAGUCUCGUGUUUUUACUUUCAAAACACUCACACUGAUGUGGCCAUGGAAUAUGAAUGCAAAUUACACUGUUUUAUGUGGUGGUGUGUUUGUUUUGUUUUAUUUUUUUUUUUAAUAAUUCUUUUUUUAAUUGGGUAAAAUAAGUAUUAAAAUCUGUUAACUUUUGUACUGACAAUAAAAUGUUUCUACAGAUCUUAAUGUUAAAAUUACAAAAUAAAUGUCAUGCA